AUGUGGCGAGCUUGGUCGGCGGAGAUGCCAGCGGUUAUUGGCCUGGUCCGCUGCAAAAAGACCCUGAAGCGUCAAGAGAAAAACGAACUACUGGCUCGCCAGGAAAAAGAAACCUGCAGAGACGGCCGGGAUGACAUCAAAGGCGCCUGGCGAAACCUCGGCGGCUUCAGGUCUGGGCGCCUGGUAAGCCCUAUUCCCGGCCGUGGCGGAUGGCGACCAUCACAUUUGGUAGACGCGAUAUUGACUGAUUUCCGGGGUAGGGUCGUGUCUUUCAAGACCUGGCAGAGGAGUUACAGAGUGCUACAAGCCACUCUGGUCGCCAUGAUGCUUCCGUUUCUUCAGCCUCCUAAUCCCCGUGAGCCAUAUUAUCUCGCUGCAUCCUGCCUACCAAUCAUGAAAUCAUUCGCUGCCAAAGCUCUCCAUCCACGGCGCCAUUCAGUGCAGGAAAAGAAUUCCGUGCGGUACAGUGAGCCGGCUAGGAGUCGCAAUGAAGUGCGUUUUUCAUGGGAUGAAACAAAUCCGAACAUCGUCAUUGCCGCAGACAGCAUAGACUUUGAUCCUUUGAUAUUCGAUGAGUUCAAGGAAGAAGGAUUUGAUACUGCAUUUUUGCCGCACACAGACAGCCCCAAGAGGUUUGAUUCUCAGCUUCAGGGCUUGCAAGACUCAAUGGAGCUUGGGAAUAGAUACGCAAUAGUCGCAUACGGUGAAGCUGCAUCGCUCGUCCUGGAGGCAUGCGUGAAGCCUAUGCCUAGGCUAUGUGCGGUUGUGGCAUACUAUCCCACUCACAUACCAACCUUUGAGUCCCGGAGCAUCUCAUCCCUCAGUCUCAAGAUACAUCUAGCGGGACCACAGGCGCAUCUCAGCAAAGAGCGAUGUUACGUCUACGCCCAUUCUAAAGUUGGAUUUGCCCAGCACGAUCUACCGCAGUAUGAUCCAGUCACUGCGCGAUUGGCCUGGUCACGAACAGUAUCCUGCCUCAGACAAGGGUUCGAGAUGACUCCAGAUAUCGAACCAACAUGGGAAAGACAUCUUCUCAUGAAGUAUGCUUCCAAAGACCUCGAGGGGACUUUGGAUUCCUAUGCAGAUGGGGCACAUAUUAACUACGUCCCAACUCGCGCUGGAGGGAUUGGCCACGAUGCCCUCCGUCGGUUUUACGAGGAAGAGUUUAUCCCUCGAAAUCCACCAUCACUAAAGAUCCGGCUUAUAUCUCGGACUAAAGGUAGUGACCAUCUCGUGGAUGAAAUGUAUCUUUCUUUUAAACACACACAGGAGAUUCCCUGGAUUCUUCCGGGCAUACCACCAACGAACCUGGCUGUGGAGGUAGCCAUUGUCAGCGUGCAUGUAUUUGUAGCUGAAGGUGAAGCUCUAGCUGCUACAUUGGACAUAUUGAGCUGA